AUGUCUUUCGGUCUAUCAAGGGAUUCUGAUUUUGAUAUUCAGGAGCCUUGUGACUGCGAUAUAACAGAUCAGUGCGAUUUAUAUUGCUGCUGCGAUUUAGAUUGCAAUUCUUCAUCAAUUGCGAGAUUUAGAUCUACGUUUUGUCUCACUGAAAGUGUAGGAAAUGUAUAUUCAAUGACAUGUGAUACAAAUAACAUUGUUAAACAUUCAAGAGGCAUUCAAACUCAAACAAUCGAUAAUCAAAAAUGCUAUUAUAUCAAAAAUAAUUUCUCAACGAAAGAUGAAAUCACAAAUUACGAUGCCUCAUACUUCGGAAUUUCCUCUUUUGCAGACAAUACUUACAUUCCAACACUUCCUUAUCAAGCACAGAUUAAAUUUUAUGAGACAGACCCAUGGAUGAGAUCUAGUACAUCAGAGGAUAUAUUAUAUGCACCAAUUGGCGUUAACUCAAUCUAUUGUAAUGCUCUUUAUGGCGUUAGAAAUGUCGAACUUGGAUAUUCUUACGAUACAAGCUGUAUAUAUGAUUCUGUCAUUUUAUCAGAUAAUAACUUUACUCCUUUAUUACCUGCCAAAUUUUGCGAAGGUACAAAUUGCACUGAUAAAACAACAGGAAUUAAAUUAACAAUCGGAAAAUCAGGAUUCAAUAUUACAAAUGCUUCAGCUCAAAAUCAAUUCAUUCUUUACAUGGCACCUAAACAAACCGUUGAUACUUAUACAGAAGCAGGAAAUGGAUAUGGUUCAGGAAAAUCUUUAGUUUCUUUAACAAAUAAUACAGAGCCUGCAUUUGCUGAUUUCUUAUUUAACGGACAAACAGUUCCAUUCGUUUCAAAUGUUACUCAAUUUUUCGAUGUAUCAAAUUCUAGUACAGUACCUUCAUUUUCUGAUAUAUUCCCAUAUCCAGACUUAUAUCCAACAUACGGUGAAAUUGAUUCAACAUUUGAAAACACAAGUUUCACAUUUCCUGAAUAUGGCGCAUUAAAUGCCUCUUCAAUACACAUAUAUACAAUCUUAUAUAAGAAAUAUGACAACCAGCUUGCUUAUUAUUAUAAAAUUGUUGGAGUUGAUUAUCAGAACAUUACUAACAGCAAUUUGGACUAUGCAACCAUUAAAAUUAAUCAAAUAGAAGUUAAUGAUAACAAUGAGACCUUAGAUCCUAUUGUUGAUACUCGUUAUUCUGUUUCAAUUUCAAAUAUCUUUUCAUUUAUGCUAAGUGAUAGAAGUGAUAUUAUCUCUACAACUUCUAUUAUAUUAAUCGCUAUUAUUACUAUUCUUGUUUGGUUGGAUUACUUGUUUUAUGAAUAA